AUGUCGGACCCAUCCACCUCGGCCGUUGGGGCCCACCAGUCGCAGGUGGCCUCGGGCCCUGUCCGUCCGGAUAUGGUGGCGAGUGCCAUCAGCUUCCUUACGGAUCCUAAAGUCCAGACGUCGACCAUGUCGCAGAGGGUCAGCUUCCUCGAAUCCAAGGGUCUGCGUCCCAACGAGAUCGACGAAGCCAUGCGCCAGGCGGGACAGUCGCAAGUUGCUGGACCCAGCGGAUAUGCGUCGUAUGCAGCUGGCCCUCCGGCACCUUACUACGCCGGAGCGCCACACCCAGGCGCCUACCCUGGCUCGGCACAGGCGCAGCAGCAGGGCCGAGACUGGCGUGACUGGUUCAUCAUGGCCGUGGUGUCCGGCACGAUCGGCUACGGAGUGAUCUCGCUCGCCAGAAAGUACCUCAUGCCGCACCUCCAGCCGCCGAACGCCAAUGUGCUCGAAGCGGACCUGGACUCGCUCACAGCCAAGUACGACGAGGUGGCGAGCCAGCUGCAGGCGCUGGAUGCGCAGACGCUGGCGGUCAAGCAGGGCCUAGACGAGCAGAAGGCCGAGGUGGAGAAGAGCAUCAAGGAGGUGGACGAGUGCGUCAAGAGCGUGCGCGAAAACGAGAAGCGCCGCGACGGCGAGCUGGACCGCGUCCGCGACGACGUCGAGGGCAUCCGCAAGGAGCUCGGCAGCCUCUUCGAAAAGUCCAAGCAGGCGCAGACCAACUCUCUCUCGGAGCUGCAGUCGGAACUCAAGUCCCUCAAGUCGCUGCUGGUCUCGAGAGGCACUGUAGGCGGACCCACCGCCGGCAUGCACGCCGGUGGGGCGCCUGCUCCACCUCGCCCCUACGGUCUUGGCUACGGCGCAGGCUCGUACGGCUCGCCCACGAUUGGUACGCCGACUGGCGAUGCGAGCCCGCCUCACAUCCCCAAGCCCUCGAUUCCUGCCUGGCAGCUGGCCGGCGCCGGUUCGUCGAGCGGCGCCGCGACACCCAGCAAGGCACCAGAGGUUGAGCAGACCAAGUCCUCGGACGCGACCAUGGCGGAUCCCGCCGAGGAGAUGUCCAAGACCGAAGGCAAGGCGGCCGAGGCAAGCAGCUGA